AUGACCAGCAGCGUAACCCUAACUACCUGCGCAGAUCAUGUACGAAACGGCGGCGAUCAUCCCCCGCCGCGUCAUGCCUUUCUGCCUCGCGUCAAGCUUCUCGUCCGCCCGUCGCGGCAGCAGAUUCUGCCUCUCCGCGCGAUGCGGCCCCUCCCGCUCCAUAUCAAGCGCGCUAUUUGCGCGCACCACGUCGACAACCCCCGCCUGCGUCAUGUUGACCUGGCGAGGUGGUGCUACACGCAGUACGGAUUGCGCCCGGAUCGCUCCACUGUCGACCGCAUAUUGAAGCUCGCCGAGCGAUGGGCUGUCACGGCAACCGGCGACAACCAAGUGCGCCGUCGAGGUGGCGCAGGGUCUGAGCUGGAGCAGGCCAUGGCGCGGUGGAUCGCAAACGCAGGGCCCGCUGGCGUGCCUCUGACGCUGCAGACCAUCCGCGACCAUGUCGUGACGACCUGCAUGAGCAACGUGCGGCUCGUCUUCCUGCCGCCAAAUACCACCGCAUUCACACAGCCGCUCGAUCAAGGCAUCAUAGCCACCGUACACGACGAUGAGCCCUCCCCCGCCGUCUACCCCGACAUCGGGCUCGACGACGACAUCGACGAUGUCGGGACGCUUAUUAGCGGGCUCGCCCUCGGGAAUGCGGCGAUGACGGCCGCAGAGUACGUCGCCAUCGACGACGACGAGCCAACGUGCGCUGAGGGCGCUGCGGGACAGCCCGCGACUGAGCCGGAGGCGGGCCUAGAGGUGGAGCUCUGGCACGCGUCGACGACCAUGCAAGCCGUCUACGACGACGCCGACCCAGUGUGCCGCGAAGCGCGGCGCACUGCACAGGCGGCAUGCGAGAUGCUCAUCGGAUAUGCACGGGCCACCCGCAUCACGCCGCGCGAUCUGUGCCAUCUGUUCGAUAUCCGCAACCCCAUCGUAAUCGCGCGGAUGGAGCGGGCGAGCCCGUCAUUCAACCUCAACGUGGCGCCUCAGCCCGUACCCUCCCCGGGCGCAACUCCCACGCCCGAGACGCCUCGUCCGCGCGGCCGUGUGCUGCCCGGCUGGAUGACCCGUCCGUCUCGCCGUCAGGAGUUGUUUGACGCCGGUGUGGGCGCCGUGAUGGACGGGUAUGUGGACGCGGCUGAGUGGAUGCGUCUCCUCCUUGACACUGCGGCAGCGCAGCCCAAGUACGACCGUCUCAAGAGCGACUCUCAGUCAUCGGACGGCAAGAAUUCGCCGGCGAAAAGCAUGGCCGACCCGGACAACUUGUCAAAAUCAAACGCAAACGUCAUCAAGAAGCGCUUCGGAGAGGACGCGCCCGAGGCGCUCAAAGCCGCUUCUGCAGCGGCUGAGCCCAAAACGCGUCCGCGGGCGGGAUUCGACCCCAACCAGAAGCCGCAGGAGCAGACACCCGCCAAGCCGGCGGAGAGCAGGAAGGCUGGCGGCGGAUUCUUUGAGAAGAAGAAAUAA